GUCAUGCUGAUAAGGGGACAAGCUAAAGCAUGAUUUGAACUCAUGUAAACCCUCUAUAUACUGUCAACAGAAAAUCCACGCUUUGUUCUUAGUCGAAAAUGGAGCCACGACCUAAAACCUCUCAAUAUGCAAGGAUAUUCCGAAAACCACCAAUCCAGGUGAUUGUAGGGAGUGCUAAGGUCCCCUAUUAUGUCCAUCCUGAAGCCCUGUCAUGGUGCAAAAACUCGGCACUAAGUGCGCAAAUUGAAGGGCCAUGGAGGCAGCACGGAGAUGAAAGUCCAAUUGACUGGUCCGACUUCGAUGAGCAGACAGUCGAAUGCGUCUUAAGCUACCUUUAUACGCAGGAUUACUACGUCCCGCAGUUGGAAGUUGCUCCGGAUGAUAGUUGCGAAAGCAAAGAUGACUGCAAAGAGCCCAUUGUAUCUGAGUCUACGCCAGAUAAUCAGAAAUUACCUAACAGGCCAUUAACACCCUUGGGUCGGUGUCUCGAGGCUGGCCUACCUGCAAAUAAAAGCCUUACUGCUGCAGGUACUUGCACCGACGAAGCAAUUCAGUAUUUUAACGAUAGCCGUGGAGCUGAAAUUCUCAUUCACGCGAAAGUAUAUUGUUUCGCACAUCGAUAUUGUAUCCGUGAACUUGAGGUCUUUGCACUACAGCGUCUCACAAAAUCUCUUCUCAUCUUAGAUGCAGACGAAGAGGCUGUGUUUUCGUAUGUCGCAGAUGCUAUACGUGUUGUCUAUGGUUCGACCCCGGGCGCGUACUUGCAAGAUAAUCCUGCUCGGAAGUUAUUAUCUCAGUACGUUGCGAUCUAUUAUACUCUGUUUACUCUGUUAGGAUGCGAGAGCUUUGAUCGGGUUAUGGCAGAGGGCGGUGAUUUCGUGGUUGAUUUAUCGCACAAGUUGGCUAGACGACUCAGGACGACCGGACUGGGUGCCCGGUCUCUGGAGGAACAAAUGGAUGAGCUUCAAUUAAAAGUUUCUUCAUUGAAGCAAGGUCUUAAUGAGCAUGAAGACCAGCUUCAAAGCGCCAAGGAAGAAUUUAUGGAGUGGGAUAGCUGGAAUCGAGGGAUUGGAAAGAAUAAAAAGGCAAAAAGAAAGGUGUAAUCAGGGAUUGCUUCCACUUGAUACACUACAUCGUUGAGCGGACAACCUCAAACUUUUCAUUCAUACUACAUGAUGGCAAUUGGCUGGAGCUGGGGUUCGUUAUAUACUCGGGGAAAUAAGAAUGGACACUCCGCUGCGUGCAGCAAAAGAGAAAUAGUGGUUGUAU